GCAUCUGCUGGCCAGUGCGGUUGUUCAAACUAUCUAUGAACCGUCUCUAACCCCGGUGAAAUUGUUCAGUAAAACAUGCCAUCCGUUUCGCGACAAAAGCUGGACUAGAAGCCGCCAGCUAGAAGCCGGCCACUACCGCACCCACAGCUACAGGGCGAUCGACGCAGGCGGUAGGCGAUUGGCCGGAUUGCAGCAGACGCACGAGUGCCUUAGCCGUAAGUUGCGCUGGCGAGCGGACUGCUGGCGUCGGUCGGAGCAACUCGUGGCCGGGCAUUGGCAGGCUGGUUGGAGCCGGUCCCCAGCGCCAGCACCGUGCCCCUGCUCCGUACUGCGGCCGCCGGGGAUGGCAGUGGUUGUUGCCGUUGGGCGCAGCAAGCUUCCGUGCCGAUAGGAGCACCAGCACCUGAAGCAGCACCGGCAGCACCGCAGGGGAAACCCUUGGCCGUGUGGAGCGAGGGAGCGAUCCCAUACCAGGGACCAUCUACCCAAGGCGUGGUAGAAGAUAUCCGACACCGAACGGGUGGUGGCCCACACCACGAACGACCUUCCUCGAAUGUAACGCGCGUAACGCCACUUAACCACGUUCGGACAGUAGUAGUGUCAGUGCCACUGCCAUCAGCCGACAGCCCCGAAUACCAACGCUACGUUAUCCCCUGCGAAUCGAAGUUACCGAAUAUCCACGCACCGGCAAGCAGCUUCGCGCCGGGCACGUUCCAGGCAUCGACCGGCCACACUCUCUCUCGCCAGCCAGUUGUCGACUCCAGGCCCUGAUCUCAUCGACUGUUUCUAGCCGCCCGGUCUAGGCCAUCUUCUGACCACUGCUCAAAACGCACGACGCCGUUGGCCCGCUAAGUUUAAUAGUCCUCCUGUCGUCGUAUAGGGUCUACCACCCUCCCGUCUGUAUUAGAAUUCGAAUAUAUAGAUAUACAUUGCGUCACCCGAGGAAGGCGAAGGAAGAACGAACGAGGGUCUCGCAAGUCUCAGUGCCUACUUAAAUACAACAUAGACCACACACCAACCGACACACACAAGCAACCACACACGUGUAUAGAAAUACCUAAUAUAGUAAUAUUUGGGCAAGCAGAAGAACAUUCGGCAUAUCGGCCCCGCGAUCCGUACCCACGAUCUAGUCAAUCGCUGAGGUUUCAUCUCAUAGUAGUGUAAGUCGACGGUGGAACCAGAAGCGGCAGCAGCAGCAGCAGCAGCGGCGAGUGCUAGCAGAAGAGCUAUAGACAAGACUUUCAGAAUGAAACCGAACGAUAUUGUGGAAUCUGGCGGCGGCGGCGGCGGUGUUGCCGCCGAUGGCGCGCGCCGGGACAGUGUCGUCCCGUUCGAUACGCUGGACGCGGUGCUGCUGGACAGCCAGGGCCCGGUGGCGCUCGGUUCGCGGGCUGCCAGCGUCCGCUCGAGCAUCUCCAGCGCCGGCACGGCGCCCCUUCCGCACACAGUCAUUUCGCUCGACACGGCCAUGGCGUUCCGUGCCGGGCCCGGUACCGGUGCCGUCGGGGGCCCGCAGGCCACCGAGUUCUACCGGGUCGAUGACGAUAGCUAUCGCCCGUUCACGAUUUACGGUGGAAAUGCAGGUGAUGGAUCCGGAAAGCCAGCGUCCACCACCGGCUCGCUGAGCUCGAUCAUCACCACAUCGAUUGCGUCGUCCGACCCGGACCGUGGUGAUCACCGUGCGAGCAGCAGCUGCUACACCGGUAGUUUGGCUGGCGAUGUUGGAGAUCUCGCCGGUCCGUUGGAGCAAAAGCAGCGUCCCGCCGUGACCGCGUUGGAGCGCGCCGGAGACGGUGGUGGUGAUGCCGAUGGCAACGCAGGCGGUGGCAACGCUGGGUCCGAAGUUGUGCCCGCCGGAGGAGAUGGGGGAGACGGUGGGCACGGUCCGGUCGCCGCCAUCCGGACGGAGAAGUGGUGGCAGACGACGCUGCAGAUCGCCGUACCGUUUUUCAUCGCCGGGUUCGGUACAAUCGCGGCCGGUAUCAUCCUGGGACGCGUAGAGAACUGGAAUGUCUUUACCCAGAUCUCGGAGCUGUUCAUCCUGGUGCCGGCCCUGCUGGGCCUGAAGGGUAACCUGGACAUGUGUCUGGCGUCGCGCAUGUCGACCCAGGCGAACCUCGGCAAUCUGAACGGGACGCGCGAGAUCGUCAAGAUGAUCAUAGGGAACAUCGCGCUGGUGCAGGUGCAGGCGAUUGUUGCCGCGUUCAUCGUCUCCAUCUUUGCGAUCGUCGUCGGUGCGAUCAUGAACCAGAGCUUCCAGUUCGAUCACGCGAUGCUCAUCACCGCGUCCAGCAUGUUCACCGCUACGAGCUCCUGCUUCGUGCUCGACUUUGUGCUGGUCGGCGUGAUUCUCUGCACCAAGCGGUUCCGGCUGAACCCAGACAAUCUGGCCACGCCGCUCGCCGCCUCCAUCGGCGAUGUCGUCUCCAUCUCAAUCCUCUCCGGCAUGGCGUCGCUUCUGUUUGAUCACAUCAAAACGCACCUCUGGGUUACGUUCGUCAUGGUCACCGGGUACUUCAUCCUGCUGCCGUUCUUCGUGUUUGUGGUGUACCGGAACAAGUACACGAGCCGCGUCCUCACCUCCGGCUGGGGUCCGGUGCUGGCCAGUCUGUUCAUCAGUGGCAUGGGAGGUCUGGUGCUCGACACGGCGGUCGGCAUGUUCAACGGUUUCGUCGUGUUCCAGCCCAUCAUCAACGGCAUCGGCGGCAACCUGGUGUCGGUGCAGGCGAGCAAGAUCUCCACCUUCCUGCAUCAGAGCUCCAUCCUCGGCAUCAUACCGCCGCACGCCAAGAUCGCCGAGCUGCCGUGGAGGGCGUUGAUCCGAGGAGUGCCGUACGCUAAAACUGCGCGCAUUCUCAUCAUGAUGUCGAUUCCCGGGCAGGUGCUGUUCGUGUUUGUCGCCGACUACAUCCACAUGUCCCGCUCGACGAUCGGCUUACCCUUCGUACUGACCUACCUGUUCGUCAGCACGCUUCAGAUCAUGCUGCUACUGUACAUCGCCCACGUCAUCAUCCAUCUGAUGUGGAAGCUGAAGAUCGAUCCGGACAACUCGGCCAUCCCGUACCUGACGGCCCUCGGCGAUCUGCUCGGCUCGAGCUUCCUGAUGCUGGCGUUCCUGUUCCUGCGCUCCAUCGGACACCCGUACGGCGAGGAGCACACCGAGCAGGUCGCCGGCUUCACCCUGCUGACCACCGAGCCGUCGUACAACAGCACCGUGCUGUCGGACCUCAUCCACGAGGCGUCCGGCUUCUAA